GACAAACCACCGAAUAGUUACUAAAGCGUAACGGAAAGAACAGUACGAGCCUCACAAACGGUAUACACAUUGAAAUCUGAAACUUGUAAUCGUCGCUACUGAAAUUCGGUCGAGUUAUUAUUUCAAAUACAAAAUACAACUAUUUUAAAACAUUGCGUGAACAUACUUGAACACAUGUGUUGUAAACGGUAUUGCAGUGGAUUCUUUUGACAAACAUGUUGAAUAUUUCGCUACGUGUGACUCCUACUUUUAAAAAAUGCGGACUUGUUUUAAUAUUAAUCAUAUCAGGCCUAUGGUGGUUCUCGCUUCUGAGACGACGAAGUAGCGAGGCACGAGGAAUCUUCCUUAUUCGACCCAAUAUAACAGGCACUGUGAACCGGAAGUCGAAUGUCACCUCGUGCGAUUAUUCUGACAUUUCUACCGGCGCGCUAUUUGACGUAUCGAAAAGAUUCCCAAAGGAUUUUAUUCUCAGACACCGUCCUCGUGACGUGUUGCCGGGCGGAAUGUACGCCCCGAGUGACUGUGAUCCUGGGGAACGAAUUGCCAUCAUCAUACCAUACAGGGAUCGGGAACUUCACCUGAAAGUGAUACUUAACUACUUACACAUGUUUUUGCAAAUACAGAAACGAAACUAUCGGAUCUUUGUAUCAGAAAUGGUACCAGGAACGAAAUUCAACAAAGCGCUCCUAAUGAACGUCGGAUUCUUAACAGCGGAAGCCGCCGGAAAUUAUGACUGUUAUAUUUUUCACGACGUGGACCUACUUCCGGUUGACGUACGGAACAUCUACACAUGCGGCGACCACCCACGUCACCUGAUCUCGUUCAGCACGAAGUACGUGGAGGAGGGGCACCCGACCGGAUGGCCGUACGCCUGGCUCAUAGGAGGCGCCCUGGCGUUCCGGGCUGAGCACUUCCGGUCGGUGAAUGGCUACUCGAACGGCAUCUUCGGCUGGGGAGGAGAGGAUGACGACAUGUACUACAGGCUUACGUCGAGGGGUAUGCUGAUUGAAAGAGUGCAUCCGACCAUCGGUCAGUAUUACGUGUUUGUGCAUAAACACGACAGAGGUAACCCCAAAAAUAAGUUUAAAAAGCGAAUCUUGGCGACGUCGGCAGAGCGUAGCAAGGUGGACGGUUUAAGUUCAAUUGCGGAUAAAUACUCAAUCGUUGCCAUAGAAACACUAACGCUGUAUACUCGAAUAUUAGUGAAUUGCAGUGAAGAACGGAUACUGGAGCAGAUGAGACCGUACUUGUAUGGAUAAUGUGCUCUGCUUUUCCUCAAAAUGUGUUUUUAUGCGUUAACAAACUUUACUGUUUACUCAUAUAUGUUUGCCAAAAAAUAUAUGUGUCGAUGCUCCCGUGGCGCUUGUCCAUAACACAUGUUUUCUUGCUAAACUGAUACUAUUAUCGGCAUGGAAAUAGAAGAUUAUUAAAGUCAAACAACUUAA